UGAGGGUGAAAACGAGCGCCAAGUCACGGGCUUUGAACUCUACAAUUCCCAUCACUGCAACAUGCGAUUACCACCAGUAAGGCAUUUCCAUUUAUCAUACCAAAUCCAUAAUAAAUCAAAAGAACUAGAUUCAGUUUUAAAGGGCCUGUGUUUUUCCGGAAGAUUAAGGGAAGCAGUUAAUCUCGUAUGCUGUUCAGGGUUACAGUUAGAGCCACAGACCUACUCUCUUCUAUUACAAGAAUGUAUAUACAGGAGAGAGUACAUGAAAGGGAAAAGACUUCAUGGAAAUAUGAUUGUUCUUGGAUUAACACCUGAUGAAUUUCUACAGACAAAAUUAUUAGUACUUUAUUCAAAAUCUGGAGAUUUAGACACUGCCCACAGUAUGUUCGACAAAAAUUCUUAUCGAAAUGCAGUUUCGUGGAAUGCGUUGAUAGCGGGAUAUGUGCAAAAGGGUGAGGAAGAAACGGGGUUGAAUCUUUAUUAUAAGAUGAGAUCAAGUGGUUUGCUUCCUGAUCAAUUCACAUUUGCGUCGGUUUUUCGAGCGUGUUCUUCUUUAGCAACACUGGAACAGGGGAAGAGGGUUCAUGGUGUUAUGAUAAAGAGUAAAAUUGGUGAUAAUGUUGUUGUCAACAGUGCUUUAAUGGAUAUGUAUUUCAAAUGUAGCAAUCUUUACGAUGCUCGUAAAGUUUUCGAUAAAGCUUCAGAAAGAAAUGUUAUUACUUGGAGCUCUUUGAUUGCGGGGUAUGGGCAACAUGGAAGAGUGAAGGAGGUUUUGGAGCUAUUUCAUAGGAUGAUAGACGAAGGAAUUAAACCCAAUUAUGUUACCUUUCUUGCAGUUCUAUCUGCUUGUAGUCACGGAGGUUUGGUAGAUGACGGUUUGAAGUAUUUUUCUUCUAUGACUAGAGAAUUUGGUAUUAAACCAAGAGGUAAACAUUAUGCAGCAAUGGUGGACCUAUUAGGACGCUCCGGUAGAUUAAACGAAGCAUAUGAGUUUGUUAAAAAUGCACCUUGUAAAGAACACUCGGUAAUCUGGGGUGCAUUUCUUGGCGCUUGUAGGAAUCACAAAGAUUUAGAAUUAGCAAAAGUUGCAGCUAAGAAGUUUUUUGAAAUGGACCCUGAAAAUGCUGGAAAAUAUAUUGUUCUAUCAAAUGCUUAUGCGAUGUUGGGACAAUGGAAAGACGCGAAAGAAGUCAGAGAAGGAAUGCGAGUUUCAGGAGUGAAAAAAGAACCUGGUUGUAGUUGGGUUGAGAUCCAAAGAGAAGUUCAUAUAUUCCUUGCUGGAGAUAAAUUUCAUAGGAAAUACGAACAAGUAUACGAGAUGAUCAAAGAACUGACUUCGACUUUGAAAGAUGCAGGCUAUAUUCCAGAUGUAAGAGAUGAAGAAGAUUUUGUGGGUGAAUGAUUUGUUUCUUCCACUUAAGAAAAUGAUUCAUUUCUUGCAGGCAGCAACGUAAAGUACCUUGAAACUCUUGCUAAUCAAAUACUAACUCAAAUUCUUGUA